AUGCAAACACUAUCAAUCGCACAUGAGACUUUUGCAGACUCCAUGGUCCGAUCACUGAGCAUUGCUGCAAUGGAAACAGCGCCAAGAGCAAGCAUGGGGACUCCGCCGGUAGAGAACCCAAUCGAUCCUCGUGGUGGUUUGCCAUGGUAUUAUCUGCUGGAGACACCGAAGGGCACCCUCCAAUGCCCCAAGUAUGAGGAUGUCAGGAGUCCAACUUUGCCUGCUUUCAACGUGGAUAAAUAUGUUGGAGUGUGGUAUGAGCUCGCCUUCCAUGACAUUACGCAGUGCAACGGAUGUGGUUGUACUCGCUUCAAUAUGACACGCCAUGGAAACGUCAUCGAAGACAUGUUUACGGUGACAUGUCCGUGGCCCUGGAAGAAGGGUGUUGAUGGCCCGUGGCUUCCAGGGUACAAUGCGAAUGGAAACAGGAGGAUGAACAUGUGGACUUGCAACAUGACCAUGUACUACAAGCCGGCCGAGCCGGGGGUCAUGUUGGAAACUGGCUUUGGUCAGGAGUUCGACAACAUGGUUCUGGAGAUCUGGAGCGAUCCAGAGAUCACGGCCGAGACUGGCUACGAAUACACCCGGGCCAUACAGUUCCAGUGCUUAGGUUCGGAGCAAGAUGGCAUCACCUUUACUGGUAUCAACUUUCUAUCCCGCGUACCCAUCGUCAAGUCAUCCAUGCUGCAAGAGAUGUUCAACCGGGCUCGGGCGCUGGGUCUGGAGCCCUACGGCUCCAACGACAUGCACGUUGUGGAGCAUGCGACGCUGGGUGCAGAUAUCCGCAGAGCACCGAUGAGACAUGGAUGGGAGAGCGUCCAGAGUGGCCUUUUCCUGUAUUCGCAGGCGAUUUCGGAGCUCAGAUCUGAUCAGAAACCGCCCAGGCCCAUGCCUCUCGCGACGCAGCAUGUUGCGGGCUCAGACAAGCCAAGCCCACCGGCUGGAGCAGGGCUGGCCUCUCGGCCACGCGGGCCGCUGGGUCGGCAGCCUCCUGCAAUCAUUCUGCAGGGUAUUGCUGCUGCUGGCAUUAGCACUGAUGGAGGCAAGCAUGGCAUCAUGGGUAUCAGAAAAUCGUCAUGCUGA